AUGAAUUGUGAAGCAUUUACACUAGAAAAUCAAAUCGGCAGAACUGACUCAUCUAUAAGUCACCAUGAUGCAAAGACCAUUCACAACAAUGAGGAUGAUGGAAUAGUAGCACAGACAGAUGAGUCUGUGAAAGAAACAUUUCUACCAUCCGGGUCAAAGGCUAACAGGGGAUAUUUUAUAUUUGUAUGUUUUACAAUUAUAAUAAUUAUCACUGGUAGUCUAAUAGUUUAUUAUAAAUCACCAGAACCACCAAGUAAAACAUGUACAUAUGUUCUGAAAUCAAUGGCCGACAGUUCAAUUGGGUUCGAUUCAUAUCCUCAAUCUGUAAAUGUUGCUGACUUUAAUAAAGAUGGUCUUUCAGACAUAAUUAUAGUCAAUGCUGGUACGAACAAUAUCGGUGUUUUUCUUCGACAAGAAGAUGACUCAUUUUCAGAUCAAAUUAUCUAUUCAACUGGUUCUGGUUCAGCUCCAUCUGCGUUGGUUCUUGCUGAUUUUAAUCAUGAUCAACAAGUGGAUGUAGCCGUAGCAAAUUACGGUCGAAAUAACAUUGGCAUCUUUUUAGGAACGAUCAAUGGUACAUUUACAUCUCAAAAGAUUUUUUCAACUGGGUCAUCUCGUCCCAUAUGGAUCGAUAUCGGUGAUUUUAAUUCUGAUACACACGUUGAUUUAGCCGUCGUCAACUAUGGCACCGAUACGAUAGGUAUUCAUUUUGGAGAUGGUUAUGGUAAUUUCGCUCAACCUAUUUUGACUUCAACUGGAUUUGAUUCGAUUCCAUAUGCACUUGUUGUUGCUGAUCUGAACAAUGAUAUGAAAUUGGAUGUUGUCGUCGCCAAUUAUGGAACAAAUAAUAUCGGUAUAUUUUUUGGAAAUAAUGAUGGUUUAUCCGACAACCAAUUACUGAUCAACACAGGUGUUAACUCUCAACCAUUUGCGAUUAAUAUUUAUGAUUUAAAUAAUGAUACAUAUUUGGAUAUCAUUGUUACUUGUUCCGGUACAAACCGUAUUGGUGUUGUCUUAGGUCUUGGUAAUGGAUCAUUUGCAACAAUAGUAGAAUACUUUACUGGUGUUAAAGCAUAUCCCGUUUCUCUAGCCAUUGGUGAUAUUAAUAAAGACAAUAAUGCUGAUAUAGUUAUUGCUAAUUAUGCUGCUGGUAAUAUUUGUAUUCUAUUCGGAUAUGGCAAUGGUCUUUUCACAGAAUAUUCUGUUCUUUUCUCCGAUUCUCAGUAUAAUCCAUAUUCAAUUGCCCUCAAUGAUUUCAACAACGAUUCAUAUCUUGAUAUUGCUACUGUUGAUUAUAAUUAUAAUUAUUUAGAUAUUGUUCUCACAUAUAGGAGCUACAGUUUUCUCGGUCAAAUUAGUUAUUCAACAACUGGUUUGAAUUCCUAUUCUGAAUCCGUCUUCCUAGCCGAUUUUGACAAUAAUAAUCAAUUAGAUAUGGUCGUAGCCAAUUACUGGACAAAUGACAUUCUUGUCUUUCUUCGGUAUACUAACCAAACAUUUGCAGAUCAACAAAGAUAUUCAACUGGACGUUCUUCGGGUCCAACUGAUGUUAUCAGUGCUGAUUUUGAUAAUGAUAAUCAUUUGGAUAUAGCUGUUGCCAACUAUGGAACGAAUACGAUGGGUAUUUUUCUCAACUAUGGUAAUGGAACUUUUUCAAGUCAAACAACAUAUUCAACUGGUAGUAAUUCUCAACCAAUUGCACUUACUAGCGGCUUUUUCAACAAUGAUCCAUGGAUAGAUAUCGUUAUUCUUAAUUAUCGAACUGGAAGUAUCCGCAUUUUUCUCGGAAUAGGUAAUGGAUCAUUCAUAAAUCAAAUCACUUAUUCAAUCAAUAGAAAUGCUCAACCAUAUGAUGUCAUUAUUAGUGAUUUUAAUAAAGAUAAUUGCUCAGAUAUUGCUGUUGCUAAUUAUGCAACUAAUAGUAUAAGUGUUUUUAUUGGAUAUGGCAAUGGUACUUUCUCAUCACAAAAAACAUUUUCAACGGGAUCUAAUUCCGGACCAACAUCUCUCGUCAGCAGUGAUAUCAACGGUGACAAAUUACUUGAUAUAAUUGUUGCUAAUUAUGAUAGUAAUACCAUAGGAAUCUUCUAUGGUUAUGGAAAUGGAAGUUUUAAAUUAAACAUGACUAUUUUCACUGGUACCAAUAGUGAACCAGUAGCAAUUACUAUAUCCGAUAUGAAUAACGAUACAUUACCUGAUAUCCUCGUUACCAACUAUGGUUCCGGUAAUGUUGGAAUUUUUCUCGGUCAAGCGAAUAAUAGUUUUUCUACUCAAAUGAGUUAUUCAACAGGAGAUAAUUCAAAUCCAUAUUCAAUUGCUGUAGGUGAUUUAAAUAAUGAUGGAUAUUUUGAUAUUGCUGUAGCAAAUUAUGGUACCAGUUCUGCAGGACUUUUCUUCGGAUAUGGAAAUGGAAGUUUCUCUUCGCAAAUAACUUAUUCAACUAGAGGUUCUUCUAAUCCCAACUGUGUUGCUGUAGGAGAUUUUAAUAACGAUACUCAUUCGGACAUUGUUGUUGUUAAUUACUGGGCUGGUUGUUUAGAUAUCUUUCUUGGUAAUGGUAAUGGAACAUUCUAUCAUUAUAUGACUUAUUCGACUGAUUCUGGUUCGUAUCCAUAUGCUGUGGUCAUAGGUGACUUUAAUGGUGAUCUCACAUUAGAUCUUGCAAUCGCUAAUUCUGGAACGAACGUUAUUGGUAUUUUCUUAGGAUACGGUGAUGGAACGUUUUCUAGUCAAACAACAUACUCAACUGGCGCUGAUUCUGAACCAUAUUCAGUUGCAAUUGGCGAUUUAGAUAAUGAUAACAGAUUAGAUAUUGCGAUUGCAAAUUAUUACAGUAAUACUAUUGGAAUUUUACAAGGUUUCGGCAAUGGAUCAUUUGCUAAUCAAACGACUGUUUUAUUUAGAGCAUAUUCUGGGCCUCGUUCAAUUGUUCUUAGUGAUUUGAAUAAUGAUGGAUAUUUAGAUAUUGUAGUAGGUUAUUAUGACGCUGAUAGUGUUGCCAUAUCUCUGGGAUAUGGAAAUAUGACUUUCUCCAAUCAAACUUUAUAUUCAUUUGCUACUGGCUCUACUAUAUAUGAUGUUACUGUGGGAAAUAUCAAUGAUGAUAACCACCCAGACAUAAUUGUGACAAGUUAUUAUAGUCGUACUGUUACUAUUUUACUUGGAAAUGGUGAUGGGACAUUUAUUAUAUCAGCGUCGCAUUCAACUGGUAGUGGUUCACGGCCAUUGUCAGUCCUUGUUCGAGAUUGGAAUAAUGAUAAUAAAACUGAUAUUGCUGUUACUAAUUGUAACAUUGAUAAUAUAUUUAUUUUAAUAGGUAUUGGCAAUGGAACAUUUAUUGAAUCAGCAAAUUACUCAACUGGUGAAGGUUCUUGUCCAACCUGGAUCAUGUCUGGCAACUUUAACAACGAUAAUUUAUUGGAUAUUGUCGUUGCUAAUUACGAUUCAGAUACAAUUGGUGUAUUUCUCGGAUCUACUUAUAUAAGUGCAACACGUGAAGAUACAUAUUCGACGGGAUUAUCUCCACAUCCACGAAUUGUUACUCUUGCUGAUUUUAAUUAUGAUGAUCAAUUGGAUAUUGCACUUGUUAAUUAUCAAUUGGGAAAUGUUGGAAUAUUAUUAGGACAUACAAAUGGAACAUUUCCAUUACAAACCAUGUUUUCAAUCGAUGAUUUAUCUUUUCCUACUUCACUUGCUCUCGGUUAUCUUAAUAAUGACACCUAUAUCGAUAUUACUGUUGCUAAUUCUGGGACUGAAAAUGUGGCAAUUCUUUAUGGACAUGGAAAUGGUAGUUUUACUCAACCUUCGAUGUAUUCAACUGGACUCGAUUCAAUACCUCAAUCUGUAUCGAUUGGUGAUUUCAAUAAUGACAAGGAACAAGAUAUUGUUAUUGCUAUUUCAGGUACGAACAAUGUGUUAACUCUAUUGAAAUAUGAUACGGGAGCAUUUCAAAGACAAACACCAUUGAAAACUGGAAUGAAUUCAAUUCCACGUGCAGUAGCUAUUGCUGAUUUUAACAAAGAUGAUCGAUUAGAUUUCGUUAUUCUCAAUUCUGGAAAUGAAAAUAUUGGUAUUUUUCUCGGAUUAGGUGAUGGUACUUUCUCAAAUCAAACAACAUAUCCUCUUGAAGAUGGUUCUAAUCCAUGGACAAUUGUUGUGUAUGAUAUUGAUAAGGAUGACUGUUUAGAUAUUCUGGUUGCCAACUCUUGGACUGAUGAUAUAGCAAUUUUUCUUGGAUAUGGCAAUGGUACAUUUAUGGAGCAAAUAACGUAUUAUAUUGAUUACAAUACUGGACCGGAAGGAAUUGCCAUAGCUGAUUUUGAUAAUGAUGGCCGAUGGGAUAUCGUUAUUAACCUUCAAUUCUCGAAUCAAAUAGUUGUUGCUUAUGGGUAUGAAAAUGGGACAUUUUCAAAUAAAGUUUUCUAUUCAACCGGUACUUAUUCAUAUCCAGGUGCAGUAGCAGUUGGUGAUCUCAACCAUGAUAACUAUGUAGAUAUAGUCGUUGCCAAUUAUGGAACUGAUGAUAUUCGUAUUCUUUAUGGGCAAAGCAGUGGUAACUUUUCCAAUACGAAUUCUCUUUCAUGUGGUUACAACGCAAAUCCGAAAUCAAUUCUCAUCAUUGAUUUAAAUGAAGAUGAAAAUCUGGAUAUUGUUGUCGCUAAUUCAGGUACAGACAAUAUUGGUAUCUUUUUCGGAAGAAGCGAUGGUAUGACUUUCGAACAAAAGUUCCUCAGUACUGGCGUCGGUUCUGCGCCAUAUGGAUUUGUAGUGAAUGACAUCAAUAAUGACAAACAAUUGGAUCUCAUUGUCGCUAAUUAUGGUACAAAUAACAUCGGUGUUCUUCUUGGAUGUGUUAAUGGAUCUUUUUUUAGUCCAUUAACUUACUCAACCGGUGAUUAUUCUCAACCAUGGAAAGUAGCACUCGGUGAUUUUAAUAAUGAUAGUCGUCUAGACGCUGUUGUCGCCAGCUUUGGUACGAAUGUUGCAGAUGUAUUUCUUGGAUUUGCUAAUCACGAUUAUUUGUCGGCACCACCUUUUUCGACGGGAAUAUCUUCUCAACCAACGUCGACUCUUGUCGUAGAUUUAAACAAUGAUACCAGAUUGGAUGUUAUCGUUGCUAAUAAUGGUACCAACAAUAUUAUGAUAAUUUUUGGAACCGGUUAUGUUGCAAUUGGUCAUUUCAAUGAUGAUAAUCGAUGGGAUUUGGUUGUCGCUAAUUCAGGUACAGAUACUAUUGGAGUAUUUUUAGCUGAUGAAACUGGAUUGUUUUCAAAUCAAAUUACUUAUUCCACUGGUUUACGUUCUCGUCCAUAUUCUGUUGUUGUACUUGAUUUUAAUCAUGAUACUCAUUUGGAUAUUGCUGUUGCCACUUAUGGUGCCAAUAGUAUUGGCGUUUUUUAUGGUGAUGGAAAUGGUACUUUUACGGAACAACAAAUCUUUCCAACUGGUUUCAAUUCACAUCCAUAUGCACUUACGAUCGGUGAUAUAAAUAAAGAUAAUCUAACUGAUAUUGUUGCUACGAAUAAUGGCUUUGGAAAUUUAGACGUUCUUAUGAAAACUUGUUAA